UAAGAGCUGGCCUCCACGAGAUAUUGUUCUCCAAAAUAAACACGAUUUCAUAACAUCAUUUCUAUUUUUGGAUAAAUAAUACUUUGUGAUUAUUUAUUGUGUGUGUUUCUGAUACAAAAGAAUGGCAACUGACGAGUUUCUGAAAAAGCAGCUUGGACAUAUAUUGAACGUUGAUAAAGUGAAACUCUGGGAAUUGCCCUACACAGAGACCAAUGGCAAAGCAGGAACUGUCCCUCUGGAAAUGAUUGCCAAUUAUGCCAACCAGCUGAAUGUCCCAGAGGAGAAGGUAACCAUAUUGCUAGAAGAGCUACGGGCACAUGCAGUACAGAAACUGGCUGAACGAGUCAAAUUCAGACAAUCGGGACUAGCCACACUGAAAGUGAAACUUUCUGGCCAGUUAGCUAAAAGGAGUCCACAGACUGUUCACUCCAUGGAGAUUGCCCUAUCUUCCAAAGGCAGUCAACUGCGUGAGAUGGUGGCAGAACUUGUUGGUCACCCUGGAGACCAGAUGAAGCUGAUUUCUUCAGGGGUGGUUAUCAAAGACCAAGUCCCAUUACAUGAGCAUGGGGUUAAGAAUGGCAGCACGAUACUGGUGCUUUGUUUGACAGUCAGUCAGGCUGAAGCACAGGCUGAUGAGCAACUGAAACACGACCUCCAAGACUUCAGACAUGCAGCUGAACUGCUGUCAGCCCGGGCAGAGAAAGAGUAUGAUGAGAUGGACAUCCAGAUUGCUGACCAGACCGGGAAGCCCAUCAAGCUGCCUGCGGGAGAGAAAAAGGCCCUAACGUUAGCUAUGGCGUUGCAUGAGAAAGGCAGACAGGCAUUGAAGAAAAAGAACAUCACAUUGGCUCUUCCACUGUUGUUAGAAGCUGACAAGGAAUUUAGGCAGUGCAGUUCAGACAUCAUAAACUCUGUAGACAACUAUGCAAUCUUGUGUCUGGAUAUAGUGUGGUGUUACCUGUGCCUUAAACACAUGGAUGAUCUUCCGGAUGCAGAAGAAAGACUGAGAAGUAGUGAGAACUUCUUCAACAAAAGUUACGGCUCUAGCAUGGAGAGGCUCAUGGCAGUCAAGGGUUCUACAGGAGAGGAACAGGCUCUCUUUAUGAAGCUCCACCUACUGCAGGGCAUCGUGGCCUUCCAUCAACAGCGCCUGGAGGAGUCCGCGAGACUGCUCUCUAGGGCUGAGGCUGAACUGGCAAGACUUCAUAUCGAUGAAGACAAAAUCAACACCAUGAUGUGCCUGGGUUAUUCAGAGGUGGAGUCGCGGCUUGGACUGAGGUCCUGUGAUGGCAAUGUUGCCAAUGCUGUGCAGCAUGUCAUGAAGAGGAGGGAGGAGAAAGCUGAAAAUGCCAGAAAGCGUCAUAAAGAGAGAAAAAGGAAUCAAAUAGCAAAGCAUUUGGGUAAAACAGCAAAUGGACAAAUAGUCAAUGUCAAGACAUACGAGACGUUGAUUAGGAUGGGGUACCCAAAGGGGGCGGCUUCAGAGGCUCUCAGACAGGCAAACAAUGACCUCAACCUGGCCUUAGAGGUUCUUCAGUCCCAUCCAGAAUUUCUGAACCUGCCUGAUCCAGAACCAAGAAAGAAAGUUAACAUCACAGAUGACAUGAUUGCUCAGGUGACCUGUAUGGGUUUUGAGGUGGAGAUGGCCAGGCGUGCCCUCCAGAAGCAUGACGGUGACGUGUCCAGGGCAGUAGAGGAUCUGGUGAACACAGGUGGUGUACUGCCACCGCCUCUCCCCCUGGAGGAGCAGCCAGGUCCAUCAACAGAAUCAUCACCUACCACUCCAGAAGAUGAAGCAGACGCUGAUCAGAGCAGGAAGGACAAAGAGGCAAUCAACCGCCUAGUGUCUGACCUGCCUGAGGAUGAGGAGGACUACUUGGACAUCACCCUCGACGAGGAGCGGGAAUUCCUCAGGGAAUACCAGGGCCUCGUUCAGUCACUCAGACACUGAGAAAUCUCAUCAUCGACAAGGAGCAGGAAUUCUUUAGGGAGUACCAGCACCUCCUUCAGGCAAUCAGACUGAGAGAUUUCACCCUGGUCAGGAAGCGGGAAUUCUUCUGAGAGUUCCAGGGCCUCGUUCAGUCACUCACACACUGAGAGAUAUCAUCCUCGACGAGGAGCAGGAAUUCCUCAGGGAGGACCUUGUUCAGUAACCCAGACACUGAGAUAUCUCACCUGCGACGAGAAGUGGGAAUUCCUCAGGGAGUACCAGGGCCUCGUUCAGUCUCUCAGACACUGAGAGAUCUCACCCAUGAGGAGGAGCGGGAAUUUAUCAGGGAAUACCAGGGUCUCGUUCAGUCACUCAGACAGAAUUGUGUGUGAUCCCUAAAGCUGUGAUAUAUGCAACAACUUGAGCAUUGGCUAUAAACUUAAACUUUGAGCACUGAUGAGGAACUUGUUUUUAUCCCCCGCCAGAUGCGGAGGGAUAUUGUUUUGGCGUUGUCCGUCCGUCCGUCCGGCUGUCCGUCCGUCCGUCCGGCACUUUUGUGUCCGGAGCCAUAUCAUGGAAGUUCUUUUGUGGAUUUCAUUUAAACUUGGUAUGAGUAUAUAUAUGCAAAAGAGGAUGAUGCACGCCAAAUGGCAUUGUACACCAUCUGUUAAAAACAGACUUAUGGCCCUUUGUAUCUUGAAAAAAUGCUUUUUACUAUAGGCACUUUUGUGUCCGGAGCCAUAUCUUGGAAGUGCUUUGGCGGAUUUCAUUUAAACUUGGUAUGAGUAUAUAUAUGCAUAAGAGGAUGAUGCACGCCAAAUGGCAUUGUACACCAUCUGUUAAAACAGACUUAUGGCCAUUUGUAUCUUGAAAAAAUGCUUUUUACUAUGGGCAUUUUUGUGUCCGGAGCCAUAUCUUGGAAGCGCUUUGGCGGAUUUCUUUGAAACUUGUUUAUUUCGUAUUGUACAUUGGGCAUUUGCUCUGAUAAUCAAGGCACAAAUGGUAGGGGCUACUUCUGAUUAAUAUCUCUUCUUGAUAGGAUUUUGUGCCAAUGUAGUGGUUGAGUUUUAAAUCUUGCUUUACAAGGAGCAGACUUUAUGAAGGGGCAACAGUGGUUGGACAAGAGAGAUUAUGAGGGUAUAUGAAGAACUGGAUUUGUAACUGGAGACAUCCUGGUCACGGCACCAAAAUGCUUUAGUGAAAUUUUAAGUGAGUCAAAGAAUACUCUCAGGGUUAUACAUUUAUUCAUCUUCAAAACAAUUACACGAACAGAACUGAGGAUAUCACUGUUUGAACGUAUUCAUUAUUGCAAAUCAAGGUAAAAGUAAUUUAUUGAAUAUUGGUUUUAAAUCUUACCCAAACGCUCUUAGUGAACUUUAAAUAUGCGAAGGUGUUAUAGAAUUUGUAGUUUAUUAGCGCCACCUCAAAUGUAUUUUUUGGAAGUUGAUUGGUCACGAAGAAUCGUCUACAUUUUUAGACACAUGUAUCUGUAACGCGUGCUAAAUAUAAAUGAAUUUUACAAGGACAAAAUCGUGAGAGUAUAUUGUCGCCUAUUUGUCCACUUGCAUAUCCAUCACACCUUCUUUUCAGGGCUAAAAUUACUUAUGGAUAAGACCACGGCGUUUCAAUUUAAUGAUUUUUUUUAUAUUUUAAGGAUCGUGACAUUUUCAUUAUUCAAUGAAUAACGCCUUCCUGUUUAAUAUAUGUCGUUUUUAAUUAGUAGACCAGACAGCGAUAGUAAUUUCUUAAAAAAUAUUUUUGAUCAUUCUGUAAAAAAUAAGUUUUAUGUUGAUUAUUAAUUCAUGAUUCGAUACAUUGAAAAAGACUCUGGAUCUGCAUGGUAAUUUUGCAUAAUUCUGAAAGAAGCGUUUACUACUCAUUGAGGCAGGAAGAAAGUGAAACAAUUACAUACAAAUCCAUUAGAAAAAUAAGAUAAAAAGGUUCUUAUUUAUCUUCUUUGGGACCAUUUUUCCAAUGUUUGUUUUGUUUCUCUUUUGUGUCGUUGAUGUAAUGAAGGCCAAUAAAUAUAUAAUGUAGUUAAAGUUGGCUCCCAUUAAACGAGCAUGGCCGUUUGAUGGUUAAAAAAAUGCGAAUGCAUAACUAAGGCUUAAACUGAUGCGUAGUAGUUGUUAUGCUAUGUAUCUAUAGAGUACUGUGAAACCAUUAUUAUUCGUCAGACAUUAAUUUUCGUCUUUUACGUCCUUCGACCGAUGAACGAAUUCAAGAUCCUAACGAACAAUCAUGUCCCAUAUUUGAAACAAAUAAGACUGAAAUACCGUAGUCAUGAGGCAUUUAAAUCCAGCGUAAUCCACGCAUAUACACAGGGCUCAAAUUUAACACUCGCACACUCGCAUAAUGCGAGUAAAAAAAGAUUGCAAGGUAAGUUAUAAGCCACUAGUAUUUUUUGCAAGUAAAGAAAUAGUGAAAAAAAACGAGUUAUAUUGCUAAAUGCGUUCGACGGGAUGAACGCUAAACCGUAAGCGGAAGCGCGCAUCUUGUUUGUAGACUGGUAUACUUAUAGUACAGAUACCCGGAUGGUAUUGAUACAAAGAACAUGAAACAGUCGACUAUUCACACUCAAGUUAAAUCCGGUUUUGACACAAAGGUGUGUACAUUAUACAGUGUACUGACAACUGACAUUUCCUGUGAAACACGAUGCAAUAAGGCUGUAUCGAAUGCAUCGACUUAGUUUAGGCAAAAUAGUGUUGAUUAGCGCUAAUUGUGUACAACUUUAUUACCCAUUGUGUGUAUUGUGUUUUUCAGGGGUGUUGCAGAUUAUACAGCCAACACGCGGCGAAUCCGGAUUAAAAACAAUACUAUUAAAAAUAUAAGGGACAGUAACUAUCACCUGAAAUAACAGACUUGUUAAUUGGCAUAUGCCAAACAAGGCCCACCUCCUGCAAGUGACUACCAAGUGUCACCCCUCUUUCCCAAGCACAAUUGUUUCGCAACCGCGUAUUACAUGUAUUACAAACAAAUCGGACGCUUUUUUUUCAAAACCAGAAAUGGACGAAUUUAAGUGCUGACGAAAUAGUCAUUUUUUUUUAAAGGACGAAAUUUCGUGCUGACGAAAAUAAAUGGUUUCACAGUAUAUAGAGAUCAUUUCAGUGUGCCAACCCAAUUAUACUAUACGAAUCUUGGCUUUAUUGCACUGCUUUUAGAUUAAUAUUUGUUAUAUGCGUUAAAUAUAAUUGCCGCAAAAAUAGUGUAUUCAAUUUACUGAAAUUGCCAGUUUAUAUUUAUUUCUGUUUCGGCUAUGUCAUUGUAUUUGUCGAAUCUGACACGUAACGCAAAUAGCUAGUGUCCUAUUAUCUGGGCGUAGGUACGCUAUGUUUUGUAAAGAUUUAUCAAAUUAUUUUGAAUAGCACACGUAGGAUGCAAAAAGGUGUGUGCUUGUUAUUUGCUGUGUGGUUCCACUUACCGAUUUGUUUAAAUGCCCAAAACACUAGCGUAAAUGUUAUUACCCAACUAUUGAAAUAAACUUAUCAACUCAUAUAUUGUAUAAAAUUGCAUCAACUUUUCACAUACAUUCAAAAGGAAAUAUUACAUGUGGGUGCAAUCAUUUGCUCUUAAAAUAUUAAGUUUAUAAUUAUUACAAUGUUCAUAAUUGUUUAAAUUAUUUUAUUUAUAUACACCGUCCGAUUGUUUAAGUUUUCUAAAACCUUCUUUAAAAUAUCAUUCAGUUAUUUUUUUUCUAACGAGGCUUUGUUUUCUGGCAAAAAAACAAAAACGUUUUUUUCUAUUGAAUAGCUUGCAUGGACACUCCUUGCGCGCUCAGCGUUCUGAUAUUUGCACAAACAAAAAGUCAUUUUGAAAAAGCGUAUAUAUUUAUGAUUUUGCGCUGUUAAAUAAUUCCACAUUAAACAGUUUGGCGCCAUAACGAAACGUAAAUAUAUAAAAAAAGAUCCAGGAUUUUGUAUGCUGGAUUUUAUUCAGAAUUAAUUAACUGCCAUACAAAUUGUAUGGGGUGUAUUGAUUGGUAACGUCCUCGUAAACAGUUUACCUGCUACGUAUUGCCGGUAUUGCACGCCUCUGCAUGUGUGCUCUGUUUACUAUCCAUACCUUGUAAAGGCCUGUAAAUCAAGCAUUACGGUACGUGCACAAACACAAAACAUGUCUCGAAAGCCGAAAAUAUGUUUACAUGCCAUUGAAUAAUAAAUUAAAUUUUACCUUUCGAUAAACACCCAUAACGAAUCCUCAUUUUAACGUGCGGCCUUUCCUGGAUCUCUCAGCUUUCUACAAAUCAUAUGACACGAUAUAGAUAUAUUGUUUUGCUAUUAACAAUUAAGGGAUAUAGUAGCUGUAUUUAAAUACGGCUUUUGAUUGUGGAUGCAUAUAGACUACACCAUAUGCGAUUGCAAUCAUGUUUAUAUGUCUAAUAUGAUAUGUGUUUGUGCCAUACUUAAAAAUUGACCAAUUGCUGAACAUAAUGUUGUUUUUAUUGUAAAUAAAGGCGGACUUGUUGCAUCCUUUGACGUACUUACGAAUUGCAAAUAAAACUGGAAGAACAA